AGUAUUUUCCAGGGGCCUUACAUAGGGAAGAUGGCGGCGGUGCAAGUUGCCGGCUCGCCGUCGUGCGGGCAGCUACGAGAGGCUCCGCGGGAGCCGCCCCCUGAGCAGGACAAUGGGUUCCGCCGGUUGUCGGCCAGGCUCCGCGCCCUGCGCCCGGAUGACAGCAGCUCCGCCCGCACCGAGAUCCACCUGCUCUUUGACCAGCUCAUUUCCGAGAACUACAGCGAGGGCGGCGGCGUGGCCGCAGAGGAUGUCAGUGCUCUUCUUGUCCAAGCUUGCCGACUGGUGCCUCUUAAUCAGAAUCAUCUUGUCAGCAAAGUGUCUCAGCUGAUCCACCAUUUACUAAACAGAUUACAGGUGAUUGUUGAUGAACAGAACUUGGAUUUCCUGAUGGGAUAUACUAUUUCAGCUAUUCAUCAGUGUAGUUCCUGGACACACAUGGAAAUCCUUCAAGCCCUGGCAGCUCUGGUUUACUGUAAUGGCUCAAAAUGUCAAAAGUACCUUCCAGACUUGCUAGGCAAGACCGGCCUCUUAACAACAUUGAGUGACUUGGCUCAGUCUGACCCUGAAGUCAGGAGAGCUGCAGUGCAUUGCAUGGCAAACUUAUGUCUCAGUGUGCCAGGACAGCCAUACCUGGAGGAGCCCUACCAAAAUAUUUGCUUCCAAGCUUUCUUGACCACUUUACAGUCUCCAAAAUCAUCAGAUAUGGAUGACAUAACAUUUUGCAUGUUGUUACAAAAUGCAUUAAAAGGCAUUCAGUCACUUCUAAAUGGUGGAAAAAUGAAACUAACACAGACUGAUGAACUUGGAGCUCUUCUAGCUGUACUAAAGAAAGCCAUGUUUCAUGGACUUCCUGGACUAAACAUAGAGAUGCCCACGGUGUUAUACCCCACUCCACUUCCUCAGUAUGAUGGGCGACCACCUGUCAAACCACAACAGUCAGAAUCCACUGCUUCUCGACCAACGGUGAAUAAAAAGAAAAAAUACAAAAUUAAGCCAAAGAAAACCCCACAAGGAGAGGAAGAGGAAGAAGAAUCUAGUAGUGAGAUGGAAGCAGUCCCAGGCCCUGGCACAAGCAGAGUGAACAUGCAUGACAGGAACACUCGAUGCUCCUCCUCCCUGGGCGUCCAAGGUUUGCCAGUAGAUGGAAGUGGAACUCUGGGAAAAGAGCGGGUCUCCUCACCCUUCACCACUUGCAGCUGGAAAAGAGUCAGCAGUAGUGAGUCAGACUAUUCUGAUGCUGAAGGAGGCUUACAGGGUAAAAUGAGGUCAUACCAAGCCAAAGUUCGCCAAGGAGCAUUAGCUUGUUUUCUUUCUACUAUAAAAUCAAUAGAAAAAAAAGUUCUGUAUGGCUACUGGUCGGCCUUUGUUCCUGAUACGCCUGAGCUUGGAAGCCCACAAUCUGUGUCCUUAAUGACACUUGCAUUAAAAGAUCCUUCUCCCAAGGAGUCUUAUUAAGGAAUUUGGGGCCUGCCCCCACGAGAUGAAGAUGAGGACCAACUUUAUCUUCUAUUAGACGCAGAGUCUCUGGUCUGAUUCCUCAGUCUGCCGUCUUGAAAGGAGUCUUAUGAAGGAAUUUGGGGCCUGCCCCCACGAGAUGAAGAUGAGGACCAACUUUAUCUUCUAUUAGACGCAGAGUCUCUGGUCUGAUUCCUCAGUCUGCCGUCUUGAAAGGAGUCUUAUUAAGGAAUUUGGGGCCUGCCCCCACGAGAUGAAGAUGAGGACCAACUUUAUCUUCUAUUAGACGCAGAGUCUCUGGUCUGAUUCCUCAGUCUGCCGUCUUGAAAGUCACUUCAACACCAAGGCCCUUCAGAGCAACUUCAUUUAUUCAAAAGCUCUUCUGAGCAGAUCUCUGUUUGCUCCAAGGAUCUAUCUGCGGUUGACACCUCUUCUGUGGUUAUAGAAAGGCGGUCUGAACAUCUCUAGGCUAACUCAUUCCGGUUGCCAAUCAUCCAGAGAGCCUGGGCAUCCAAGACUCAGCAGCGCCCAUGGAAGUCCAGGACGAUCUGGGAGAGAAAUGACACAGGGGUGGGAAGUGAAGAAUCUCCAUGGUCAACAAUUCAUGGUCUAACCCAGCGCCUAGCACUCAUCGUCUAACCCAGCACCCAGCACUCAUGGCCUAACCCAGCACCCAGCACUCACUGCUCCUAUGGAUGCAUGCACAUGUGAAACAACCCAAAUGGACAACGAAGGGGAUGUGACAAAGAAACAAAAUACUGUUUUAGCUUAAAAUGCUUUUUCACACUUUUUAUUUCUCAUUAGUGAGCAUUUUAAUUUAACGGUCCCCGAUUUCCAGCUUCCCUUCCUUCCUAUCGCUUCCUUCUGCCAGCUUGUUCUCCGACCCAUCGGAUUGCUCUUCCCUGGUGUCCCUGUUUUCCAAACUUCGUGCCACCGUUGUUGGUGCUGUUGUUUUUGCAGUGCUGGGCAUUGAACACAGGGCCUUGCUCUUCCGCUGAGCUACAACUCCAGCUCCUGCCACUGUUUCUCUGUCACCUCCUGCCAUGCCGGUGCCCAAUUUCACCUUUUGGAUCCUAUCCCUCCUUUAGGGCUCCUUCUCUAGCCACCUCCCACUUAUCUAUAGCCCACUCAUCCUUAUGGAGACCCUCCUCCCACUGAGGACCUUGACACUCUGCCCUCUGGGCCUGUCUCACCACCGCCCUAGGUCACUAGUAUUCUAAAGUUAGAGAGACAGCGAAAGUACCAGAGAGAACCCACUCUAUCAUCCACACAGCCCUCCAAUCCCAUCUCUGCCUGGACAUGGGACAUCAACAGGUGAGUCCCAUGCUCACCCUGACCUCAGUCUCUCUUUGUGAGAGGAAAGAUUUGAAGAGGGAUUCAAAAUGUGUCUCCUGGUUCUCAUAAUUUAGAAACCUUCCCUCAACAGUGCCUCCUGCUGCAGGGUGGUGAGCUUCCUUAUGACAGAGACCUCAUGGCUCUCAUUGGAGUUCCUGCAGCAGACCUGGCUUGCACGUCGACACUCAAUACAUUUUACCCAACCAGUAUCUUGAUGGAUCCUGGCAGGGCCCUAGGACGCUGACUCUAGGCACAGACCCAAGUCACUGGAGGUGUGAGGAAGCAGAAUGGCCUUCCAGGACCACACAGUUAAAGACAGGCCAAGGAAAGGCUAGUUAUUAGAAGGAAAUAUCUAAGAAACACCAGAGGAAUGGUUAAGACAAGUUCUUCCAUGGACAGAUUCAGACCAAUGCAAGCUCAACAGCAUGUGUUGAUCCUUAACCGGAGGCAACUGUGCCCCCCGAGAGACAUUUAGCAAUGUCUGUGGACAUCUUUUCUGGGAGGGAAGAUGCUAUUGGCAUCUACUGGAUAGAAGUCAUAGAUGCUGCUUAACACCCCAGGAUGCACAGAACCAUCUCCUACAACAAAGAGUCAUCUGGCCCCCGAACGUCACCAGUGCUGUGAUGGAAAGACACUCCUGUGUGUAUCACACACCCUUCUCCUUCUCCCAUCCUGCCUGAAUCUUUCUCCCUCCUUCUCCCAGGCCAGCAACACAUUCCAGAUGAUGCUACAGGAAUAUGGUACAAGGCCACACAGGAGCACCCUGCUGGGAGCCAUUAGCCAAGUAGGUAUGACAAUUUCCUUGCCAGCGUACCCCAUGUUGCUUAGUGGAAGGACAUUUUGCAGUGACAUUGCAUGUAGGUGACCUUGCUCAAGGACCAAGGCGGAUCCGGGUUUAGGGUGUUCCCGGUUUAGAAUAAUCUGGGUUUAGGGCGUUCCUGGUUUAGGACUAUCCCGGUUUAGGGUGGUUCCAGGUUUAAGGUUACUCCUGCUGGGAAUAGGGCGUAUCCUGCUGCCUGAGUUCCCCUUGAGUUCUCACAGGAUUCAGACAGUAUUUUUUGGGAGAUAGAAGCCCAGUGGGGGUGGAUUUGGGCAGAGAACGUGGAUUUCCCCAGAACGUGAUUGUAGACGGCUGGUGUGAGUUCGGGAAUAAAGAGCUGCUGUUUGAAUCUACAA